GACGUCACUGCUCGGUGCUCCGUUCUCCUGCCUGCUCGGUGCUCGAUGACUCCUGUCUGUUCUCCGGUGUUUUGUUGCCAUUAGCCGCCGCCGCCGUCGCUGCUCUUUCUCCGUCACGUUUCUGCACAUUUUCACCAUCAGCUAACCGGUGGAGACACAAACACCGCUGCCGGAUAAAGAAAGCACCGAGCCCGGCAGGAAGCAGCAUGUCCACCGCGCUGGAGAGCUACAUUAACCGUACUGUGGCCAUCGUCACAUCAGACGGCAGGAUGAUUGUGGGCACUCUGAAGGGCUUCGAUCAGACCAUCAACCUGAUCCUGGACGAGAGUCACGAGCGAGUGUUCAGCUCCAGUCAGGGCGUGGAGCAGGUGGUGCUGGGACUCUACAUCGUCAGGGGCGACAACGUGGCGGUGAUCGGGGAGAUCGACGAGGAGACAGACUCAACUCUGGAUCUUGGAAACAUCAGAGCUGAACCGCUCAACUCUGUCGUCCACUGACCUCUGACCCCUACCACCCCCCCCCGCACCCCUAUUACCACCACCUGCUGCAGGACCGCCGUCUCCAUGGCAACAGGAGUCUAAAUGACAGCAUGACUGAGUUGUGUGCUUGUGUGUUUUCAUAGACCUGUUCUGAGUUUCACUCAGUGUCAGACUCCUGUAGUGACACUUUUCUGUUUGUAUUUUUUUAUAAAUAAAUAAAGAAGUGAAUUGUU